AUGUCUGUCGCUACGGCAGUAGCGUCGUCGAAAAGGCCACAAAAAGCAAGAAAUCGAAGUCAGAUCCCGGCAUGGGACGCGCGACGUUCGGGGCUUAAGCUUACUCAGACCCAGAGUGACGGGAGAUCCGAGUACCAGGCUUCGUACACGAAAUGGCCCUUCCAACGGCCAAGAACCAACAUCAAACCCGAGAGCAACCACCUGGAGAUACCUGCCUCCAUAUGUGACAUGGAUAUGGACACCACCUACAGAACGGAUUAUGUCGUCCACGAGGCAUCAAAGAGAGAAAAGAAAAAAGAAUAUGUGUACCGAACAGCAGGAGGCGUUCUGCUGACGGAUACAACAUACAAAGUAGACUUCGCGCCAAAGGUGGCGCUCCGGGCUGAGCCUUUCAAGACAUACAAGGAGUACAGCGCCCCCGUUACUAAGUUCAAGGGCAAGUCCAUAUACCAGAUGUCUUAUCAGCAUUUUGAGCCGGACCUGGCAAAGCAAUGUCGCCCCUCACCCAUCCGUCCAGCUGAAGCCCUCAAGAGCGGAGAGCAUAAAGCAACUCCCGCCUCUACAUUCAGGAACGACUACCAGAAGCAUGAGAAUACAGUGAAGAGAAAACCAAUCAAGCAAGAGGAGAACAACAAACCAUCCACUGAGCCCCUGGAAAGUACCACCAGCUACAAAGAAUUUUACACCAAAAAAGAGCUCCCCACAUAUUCAAGAAAGGUGAUAAACACGAACUGUGUGGUUACCAAGAUGAUGCUUCCAGAGGCCCUCCAACCCAAGACGGAAACCACGGGCGACAGUGGUGACCAAAAUUCCGCACCGGCGGUCGAGUCGGAAACCAAAGAAACCAACGCUGAGUCACCUGUUCAAGGACUGAUGACAACUUUCAUGGCCGACUUUCGGCCUCAUUACAACGUUCGUCGACGCACAAUGUGUAAACCUCCCGAGUCAGAUUAUCACUUUAUAGAUGCUCCUUUUGACGGCAACACGACGGCCGGCAUUGCCUACAAGGUGUGGCCUGUCGCCUUUCCCGAGAAGCCGCAUUGGACUGUGAAGCCUCCCUACAAACGCCCACAGACCUUUAUGCAGACAGAUAGCACAUAUGCGGUCGAUUUCAAACAUCCGGGUAGCAAUCUACCACCGUCCCUGAUUAAAAAUAAGCAUAACCAAGAUAUUAUACGUCAUGUAGCGUCUGGAGAUGCGGGCCAGGAGACCACUUACCAGAACAACUUCAAAGGCAUACCACUGGAGGAGGCCACCAAAUCCUUUCUUUUCAAGCAGGAGUACGAGCCCCCUAAAGAGCGGAUGAUAUGUCAGUCUACACAGCGUGCGCAUUAUACAGGUAACCACUCUGAGCGUGCUAAACUCUGUCGGCAGAUUUCUGAACACCGUACCCUGUUUAAGAAUCAAACUAUGGAGUUCGGCACCACAUACAGAGACACCUACAAGGAUAACAGGCCUAAAAGUUGUCCUGCUAAUGUCAAAUUGUCACUAGAGAGCGUGGAAUCUGAAGGAGAAGAUAGCAGGGAUGGGCAGAAGCCGGAGGAAUGA